GGGGGCAGUUCACGAUCACAUGACCUCUUUAAACGUUCAAUUAUAUUAAUGAAAGAUGAAAUAAUCUGCAAUAUUUCGACGAAACAAGUUACUUACACGAACCAUGGACGAGUGACCGAAGAAGAAUGUGAAUCCUGGGCGACUGUGUUGUGUCCCUACCGGGAAGUUUGUUUCCUCUUCCUGUUUGGAGUCAUAUGAUGUGAUCGGGGGAGACGGGAACACGCCUGUCUGUGACUGUCAGAGAGAAGAGCCAAGCGCCAAACAAAAGCGAAGUCAGAAGAAGAAAAAAAUAAAGAGGAAGGAGAGCGAAGAUUGACUCAUUCUCUCAGUGAGACAUGCGGACCGAUGCGGUAACUCGUAGCCUGCCGCGCGGUCCCCCUUGCCGGCCAGGCUACAGCGGCUGUCCGGCCCCUUGGAGCCUGUCCUGGAGGCCAUGAAGUGCCCGCCCGGGCUCGUUUGACGGGAUGGACAACAAAGAGGAACUGGAGGAGAGGCUGAGGAGGCUCCUGGUUAGGCUCAGGAGCCCCCAGGAGGACAGGCAACUGUGCACCCUUAUCCAGAUCCUCCAGGAUUUGCUCUUUCUGGCGCACACAGACUAUGCGUGCCAGCUGUUCGCAGAUCAAGAUGUCCACGAGCCACUCACCGUAGUGCUGUCGUCGCACAUGGACAGCAGAGGAGUCCAGCAGGUGGGCUGGUCACUGCUGUGUCAACUGCUUGAAGCGUGUCCUGGUAUGCUGGAGCACUCGUACACACCUCACCAGCUGAUUCUGAAGGUUCUGUCACAGUACCAUACAGAUGACAUGGUAACCAUGGUUGCCCUCCGAGCCCUGGCCCUCCUUCUUCACUCAGACACAAUCUCUCUGCUGCUGCUGGAGGACGAAGAGGAGGAUGUGUUUGGCCUGACUGUCCAGGCCAUGAAGACUUUCCCCUCCUGCGAGGAGGUGCAACUCCAAGGCUGCCAAGUUCUACAGGCGGUCCUUAGUCGAGGCAAAAGAUGUCUCACAGCUGUUCUUCUAAUACAAAUCUAUUGUGAUGGUGAAGUCAGUGACGAGCACCUCAUAGAGUUUGUGGAGACCCAGGACCACAUGGUGGUUCUCGCUGCCUUGCACGGGUACCCCGACAAUCCCGAGUUGCUGCGUCAGGCCAUGAAGGUUCUCCUCCCUCUGUCUGGACCCAGCAGUAACGUGGAGAUUCUGAUGUCUGGUAGCGCUCGCUGCUACAGCGCACUCAUAUUGGCCAUGGACGCCUUCUCGCUGGAUGAGGAGCUUCAAGAGACUGCGUUCCACCUGUUCAGGAGGUUCACAUCAGAAAGCUACUACAACAUCCUGGUGCUGAAUGGCGUUGCCCGGGUAGCAGUGAGGGCAUGUCAGACAUUCCCCCACAAUGCCACGUUACAGGCCGCCGCCCUCUCCUGCCUGGCAGACCUAACAUCUAGCAUGGUACAAAGCAGAGUGGCGGCCGAGCAGGGCUUGGAGGAAGGGGAAGCGGAGGAAAACAGGGGAGGGGCCUCCCAAAAGGUGGAGGACUUGGACCUAGACCUGGGUUGGAUGGGAAUUUGCUGCACUGCACUGGAUCUUCAUGCCGCAGAACCACACGUUCAGGAAGCAGCAUGCUGGGCCAUUCAUCGUUUGUUGGUGCACGGAGCUGGACAGAGUCACCCAGAAGAGGAACAGCAUGAUCGGACUCCUAUUCACAGACAGCUGAUGGCAGCCAUGUUGGUUCAUUCCUCUUCACCCCGUGUCUUCGAGGCCGCCACCAGCGCCAUCUCCAUACUGGUUACACAAAAUCCUAAAAUCCAUUCCACACUGCUGUCCAGUGGCCUCCACGUCAAUGUGGUGGAUAUGAUGAAGAGGCACCCGACCUCAGUCCAGGUGUCCAUCAGCGCCUGCCGCUUGCUAGGCCUCCUCUUCCAGGGAAGGACCGCCAGCCUGGAUGAGCUCAACAUGGCCAUGAGUCAGAUCCUGAGUGUUAUGAAGGUUCACAACUUCCAGUCGGAGGUUCAGCUGGAGGCUCUGCGGGCAAGCCUGGUCUUCCUCUGUCCAGAUCGCAGUGUGCGAGAGCACGGCGCAUCGGUAGCCGACCCUGACAUGGCCGACGUUUCCCUCAAGGUUUUGAAGAACCAGUGUGUGGUGGAGGGAGCGCAUGCUGUCUAUUUGGAGGUCCUUAACAGGUUCAUUAGGUGUCCAACCAUCCAGGAGUGCGGCCUGAAGGUGCUCUCCGCCUUGGCCGACUGCUCGGGCGCAGUAGACCUGCUCUGCCAACAGGGUGCCAUUGACACGGUGCUCCACACACAGCAGAUGUUUCCGCAAGAUCGAGAAAUUCACUACUGGGGUCUGACACUGCUCAGCUUCCUGGUAUCCAAGAAGAAACUCUCCAGGAUGAUAGUUCCUGUCUUGGCAUCGGUCCUGGUCUCCUCACUAAGCCAGUUCAAGGAGGAUUAUGACUUGUUGCUCAAGUGUUUCCAAGUGGCACUAAGGAUGCUGGAUGCCUGUUCAGGGUCAGCCAUAGAGUUGCAGAAAGAAGACUUUGACCGGCAUAUAUUCCAACACCUCCGAGAGUCUGACGUUCUCGAGCACAGCAAGAAUCCACUGCGUCGGUCGGCAUGCUUGGCCUUGUCUAAGAUGUGCGCCAAUUCGGAGUUGCACUACAGUAUGCUGGAGAAGGCGUGCAAGGAUGGAGACACCGUCAUGGCAGAAUGUCUCAUUGAGCUUGGUGCAGAUAUCAACAAGAAGACCAAAACUGAGUCUCUCAUCUAUCAGGUGUGUGAGAAGGGAGGACCCCUAGAGCUGGUGGAGUUGCUAUUGAGCCAAGGCGCCCAUGAGCAACACCUCCGCCGGGCACUGGCUGUUAGCGUCAAGCGCGGCGAUGGGCCGAUGGUCAUCCAACUGUUGGGCCGCUUGGGCCUGGACCUCAACAACAAUGCCCUUUGCCUGGGCGGUUUCCGCUUGGGCCGUCUCGAUGCCAGCUGGCUCUGCCCCCUGCUUGCCCAUAGAGGCAGGGCACACAGUCUACGCUACAGCAGCAGUAAAGGAGCCAGCCUAGCCCGCUACAUUCAUUCCCUACACCGCUCCAGGUCUAUUGGAGGUCCUCUGAGGUCUCUGGGGGAGCCCUGUCUCACGUCUGGAUACAUCUCUGACGAGAGCGAUGACUCCAACUUCAGCUUCCUCUCCAUUGAUGAAGGCCUAUUCCUCGAUGACAUGGAGAGUGAUGGUAGCGAUUCAUUGACUGGGGCCGCCCUAAGGUCCUACAAUAACUCCACAGAGGAGCUAAUGGGGGGCUCUUUCAAGAGAAAUCAUGGACGGCGCAGACAUGCAAGCGCAGAGAGUGGUCUGAUGGAUAGCGAGCACACUGAGCAUGUCCAAAGGCGAUAUGGAAGACACCCUAGAACACUGGGGUUCAUGGAGUGCUCGUCAGCACUUCCCAAGGAGAAGGAGAGGAUCCGCCUACUGGAUCUGUCGGGAAACGAGCUAGACUGCCUGUCAUGCCUGGUGGACCACGGGCCGGUUCAGCAGCAGCUGGCCCACCUACUUAGACUGGACCUUAGCCACAAUAUCUUGCUGGAGUUCCCGCCUACACUUUGUCAGAACUUAAGCAGCCUGACUCGACUGGACCUCCAGGGAAACCAGCUUCAAACUAUUCCAGCUGAGCUACUUGCAUUGCCGGCCCUCACCACGCUCAACGUCUCACGCAAUUGUGUGGGCCCACACCUCGACUUGGACGCGGCGGCUACCUGUCCGUCACUACGACAGCUCAAUUUGUCCUUCAACAAGCUGACUGCCUUCCCACACCAGCUAGGCCGUGCCACUGAACACCUAGAGGAGCUGCUCAUGGAAGGGAACAGCCUGGCCGAGCUCUGCACACCCCUGCCUCACCUCCCCGAGAUCAAACUGCUGGAUGUGAGCAAGAAUGCCUUGACGGACAUCUCCCCGGAAUUCCUGAUGGGGUGUCUCAAGCUGGAAGUCUUCAAUGCAUCCUCCAACAAAAUUAGUUCGCUUGCACAGCUGCCUCCAAAGCUUACCACCCUGAAACUUGCCAACAACAAUUUCCUUGCUGUUGCUGAUGCCAUACUCCGCCUAUCCAACUUGAGAUCAGUGGACAUGAGGACCAAUCACAUCUCAGUGUUGCCUGGGCCAGGCUCAUGGGCAUCCAGUAAUCUGCGCGAGCUGAUGUUCAGCCACAAUGCCAUCACUGCUCUUGAUUUAAGUGGGCCUGUCCACAAGUGGACCCGAUUGGAGAAGCUCCACUUGAGCAACAACAAGCUGACGGAGAUCCCGCCACAGGUCGGUCUUCUGGAGGGUCUCACUUCCUUGGACGUGAGCCGCAACGCUGGCCUGCGCUCCUUCCCUGAUGAGAUGGGCAGGUUGGGCAGACUGUGGGACCUCCCGCUAGACGGUCUACGACUCCAGUUGGAUCUCAAACUGAUCGGAAGCAAGACCAAGGACAUUGUCAGGUUUCUACAACAGCGUCUGAAGAAAGCGGUUCCGUACUACCGCAUGAAGCUCAUUGUGGUGGGGAACGCUGGCAGUGGGAAAAGCAGCCUGAUCCACAAGCUCAUGAAAAUCAAGCGCUCUCAUCAUUCCUCCUCUAAGCGUACGGCUGCGGCCAGCGUGGAUGUGCGUGACUGGACCAUCAGAGAACGGGACAAGAAGAAAAUGGUGCUGAAUGUCUGGGACUUCUCAGGUGGCGAUGAGCUGUGCAGCUCCCAAUCCCACUUCCUAUCCGCCAGAGCGCUCUAUUUGGUGGUGCAUGAUAUGAGCAAAGGGGCCCAGCAGUUGGAUGCGCUUAAACCCUGGCUCUUUAACAUCAAGGCUGUGGCUCCGCUUUCCCCGGUCAUCCUUGUGGGAACUCACAUGGACGUAUGCGACGAUGCGGCGUUCCAGGCCUGUCUCACAAAGAUCCGCGAGGAGCUGCUCAACCACCAGGGCUUCCCGACCAUCCAGGACUACUUCACUGUAUCGGCCUGCGAGGACUCUGAUGCCGUCGUCCGGCUGCGCAAGGCUAUCGCCAAGGAGGCCGCAGACUUCAAGAUCCAGGGUCAGCCCGUGAUAGGCCAACUGGUCCCUGACUCCUACGUGGAGCUGGAGCGCAGGCUUCUCCAGGAAAGAAGCAGGGUUCCGACAGAGUUCCCGGUUCUUAUGCGCCACCGGCUGAUGGAGCUCAUCGAGGAGAGUCAGCUGCCACUGGAGGAGGCGGAGCUUCCCCAUGCCAUUCAUUUCCUCAGUCAAGCCGGUGUUUUAUUGCACUUUGAUGAUCCCACCCUCCAGCUCCAAAACCUUUACUUUAUCGAUCCACAGUGGCUCUGCAACGUCCUCUCACAGAAAUUAGCCCCAACUGCUCACAUCCAUCCCCAAGGAGUGACUCUGCGUUCGGCAGUUGAAAGUUUUCUGCAGGAGACCAAAUGUUUCCCUGCUAGUCACACCAACUGCUAUCUCAAACUGCUGGAGAAAUUUCAGAUCGCUCUACCCUUUGGAAACGACCAGCUGCUUGUGCCGAGCAGUUUGCCCAAGGACAAGCCCAGCAUUGAACUGCCUCACUGUGAGAACUCUGAGUUGAUUGUGCGAGAGUAUGAGAUGCCGUACUUCCCUAUGGACUUCUGGUCCCGACAGAUCAGCCGUUUGCUGGAGGUCUCGUCCUAUUUGCUCCAUGGAAGAGAGAAAUUGUGUCUGCCCGAACGAUUGUGCUGGAACCGAGGCGUGUACCUGAGCUGGUCUACCGAGGCCUACUGCCUGGUGGAGGCGGCCGAGCGGCAAGAAGACGCUUACAGCGUUCUAAGGAUCAUCGUGCCCUCCUCCCGCAAAGGCCGUGUGCUCCUGGGCCAGGUGGUGGACCAAGUAGACUCCCUGCUGGAGGAGUGGUUUCCAGGCCUGCUGAGCACGGACAUACACGGCAGCGGCGAGGCCCUCCUCAAAAAAUGGGCACUCUACAGCUUCCAAGACGGAGACCAGUGGAGAAAAAUGCUCCUGGAGGAUCUCUUUGCUUAUUUCGACCAUGGUUCAUUCAGCGACUUUCUUUUGGUGAACCCUGAGGACUCACGUUGCACCAUACCCAUCUCUCAGAUCGCUCCAGACAUGGUACUCAGUGACCAGCCGGCCGGAACGAUCUUGGACAGUGACGAGCUGCACGUGGAUCUCUCCAAAGCCAACCUCCUGGGGGACGGUGGCUUUGGCACAGUGUACCGAGGCGUCUACAAGAACGAUGAUGUGGCCGUCAAGUUAUUCAACAAGCACGCGUCGGAACUUUACAUCUACAGACUCCACAGACAAGAGCUGGCAGUGCUAGGUCGCCUGCGCCACCCCAGCCUAGUGGGUCUGCUGGCAGCAGGCUCUGCUCCACACGUGCUGGUGAUGGAGCUGGCCAUGUGGGGCUCAUUGGACUCCCUGUUCCAGAACAAGAAAGGAAGCCUGAACAGAAAACUCAGGCACAGGAUUGCUCUCCACGUGGCUGACGGACUUCGGUACCUGCAUUCAGCCAUGAUUAUCUACCGGGACCUUAAGCCUCACAACGUGCUCCUGUUCAACUUGAAAACGGAUGCCGACGUCAUCGCCAAGAUCACUGACUACGGCAUUGCUCAGUACUGCUGCAGUAUGGGAGUGCGCAGCUCGGAGGGAACGCCGGGUUUCCGCGCACCUGAGGUGGCCAGAGGGAACGUGACGUACAACCAGCAGGCCGACGUCUUCUCCUUUGGACUGCUUCUGUAUGACCUGCUGACGGGUGGCGAGCGCAUCUGCGACGGCGUCAAGUUCCCCAGCGAGUUUGACGAGGUGGCCGUGCAGGGAAAGCUACCAGAUGCGGUGAAGCAUUACGGCUGCUCCCCUUGGCCUGAAUUCCAGGCUUUGAUGACAGAAUGUCUGAGGAUCAAUCCUCAUGACCGACCCACUUCUGCACAGGUGUUCGCCAGGCUCAACUCAGGUGAGAUGUUGUGUCUGAUGAGAGAGCUGCAGCUUCCUGGUCCCGGAAAUGCAGAGUGCGUGGCUGUGGGUUCGGUUUCAAGGGCACACACAGCCUGGCUGGGAGGAGGCAGCAGCACCCAGAGGACGGGGUCCGUCACUGCCGUGGACUUGGACACCAAUGAAGUCAGCACGCAGGUGAUUGACAACAGUCCCGUCCUGUGCCUGGCGUCUGUGCGGAUUCCCGGCGAGGCUUGCGAUUGGCUGGUGGCCGGCACACAGUCAGGCUCGCUGCUGGUACUCUGCGGUGACAGUGCGUCCACAUGGUCCCGCUUAAACAACGUCACUGAUGCGGUCACCUCCCUCUACUUUCAUGUCAGCCACCCACGCUUGCAAAGGAAGAACUACUUGCUGGUUGGCACCGCUGAUGGCCUUCUCACUAUUUACGAGGAUUCAGCACUAAAGGAUUCAGGUCAGCCAGUGAAAUCCUUGGUCCUGGGCACCGUCAACACUCCCGUGGUGUGCCUUGGAACGUCGUCAUACUCUCUGGACGGCCGUUGCGUUUGGGCCGGCUGUGGCACCAGGAUCCUGUCUUUCAGUGCCGACUACGAUGUGAGCCGGAACAUCGACACCCGAAAAGCCGUCACACUCCCGCAUCAGCUGAGCGGUGAGGCCAGUGUGUGGCGCAUGGCAGUGGACAAGUACGUGUACCUGAGCAAAGCCGGCAUGGCUACUGUCGAAAUUUGGGAUAAGAGGAGCGAGCGCAUGCUGGACUGCAUUGACUGCGCACAAAUCAUUCGAGACGAGUGCGGCUCUGGAUUAGCAGGGGAAAUACCCGCCGACGGAUCCCCCUCUUGGGCUCGCUGGGCACGGGUCAAGUCCCUGCUAAUAGGGCAUGGCGCGGCCACGCUGUGGGUAGGCACCCGAGGGGGACACCUGCUACUACUGGAGCUGGGUAACAAGCACCAGGUGCUGCAAGUCAUCCCGCCGCGAUGCCACUCGCUACGAUGCUUCGCUUCAGCAUUCAUAGAGACACUGAACUGGAAAAACGUGGUGUUGGCGUUGGGAAGAAGAGUCCCUCGAGACAAGAGCGAAUGGGAUGCGCAGUCGGUGCUGAUGGUGUGGAAUAGCACGCUGCCCUCCGAGAUCAGAGACUUGAGAAAACACGCUGAGAGGAGAGAACGCAUCGCGGCUGCCAUGAGAGAGCAACUACACCAACACGACUAAAUGCACAGAGAAAGGGAUUAAGUUGACCUCGGUUUGACUGACAGAGGAACCUUCAAUUUGGAACAAAUCCCAAAUCACCACAAUGAUGAGGAGUCACGCUGGAACAAAUCAAGACAAGAGCCGAAUUGAUUUUAAAGGGACAUAACUUUUGUAUAUUUAGAGCCAACGACCAACAAUAGCUUGUUGUUAGCCACUGAACAAAAGUAAAACAUGCCCAUUGUUUUGGAAAAACAAACAAAACAAAAUUGCAUCAGUCGUGAUGCUAAUCAUGUCAGCCAUUUCAAGUCUUGUGACCACCAUUCAAAUGUUUGACUUAAUAAACACUACACUAUUUUUAUUGGAAUGGUCUCGUCUCCAUCCUAAAUUACUAUUGCAGUCAUUUUCAACUAGAAUUACAGUUAGUAAAACCACCGACCAAAAUGCAAUGUA